AUGGAGAAGCUGGGAAUGAACCCCGUCAACUCGUGCCCGCUCACGCCGCUGGGGUUUCUUGAGCGCGCGGCCACCGGGUUCGGCGAGUGCCGGUCCGUCGUCUACCACGACGUCGUCUGGACCUGGAGACAGACCUUCCGGCGCUGCCUCCGCCUCGCCUCCGCCCUCGUGUCGCUCGGCGCCUCCCGCGGCGACGUGGUCUCGGCGCUCCUCCCCAACGUGCCGGCCAUGUACGAGAUGCACUUCGGCGUGCCCAUGAGCGGCGCCGUGCUCAACACCAUCAACACGAGCCUCGACGCGCCCACGGUGGCCGUCCUGCUCGCCCACUCCGGCGCCAAGAUCAUCUUCGCCGACCCGGCGUUCCUGUCGCUCCUCGCCGACGCGCUCCGCCUUCUGCCGCCAGGGGGCCAACCUGCGCCGCGUGUCAUCCUCGACGAGGCGGACGGAGGUCUGGAUCUUACGACGUCCGAUGAGGAGUUGGCAGCACUCACAACGUACGAGAUGCUUCUCGAGAAGGGAGACCCGGAGUUCGCCUGGGUCCGGCCGGCGACCGAGUGGGAUCCCAUGAUCCUCAACUACACCUCCGGCACGACGUCGGCGCCCAAAGGUGUGGUCAACUGCCACCGCGGGAUUUUCUUGAUCACCGUCAACUCGCUCAUUGACUGGGCGGUGCCCGCUCGACCGACGUUCCUGUGGACGCUGCCCAUGUUCCACGCCAACGGGUCGAGCUUCCCCUGGGGGAUGGCCAUGGUUGGCGGCACCAACGUCUGCCUCCGCCGCGUCGACGCCGCCGAGGUCUACGCCGCCAUCUCUCGCCACGACGUCACCCACCUCUGCGCGUCGCCGAUGGUGCUCAACGUGCUGGCCAACGCACCCGAGGGCGUGCGGAGGCUCCCAGCAGCAGGGAAGGUGCGAGUCCUGACGGGCGGCGCGCAGCUGCCGGUCGCCGUGCUGGAGCUGGCUGAGGCCGUCGGCUUCCAGGUCAGCCACGGGUACGGGCUGAGCGAGACCGGGGGGCUGGUGGUGUCGUGCGUGUGGAAAGAGGAGUGGAACAAGCUGCCGGCGCCCGAGCGAGCGCGGCUCAAGACGAGGCAGGGCGUGCGCACGCCGGUGAUGGCCGAGGUGGACAUCCUCGACAGCGAAACGGGCCGCAGCGUGCCCCGCGACGGAUCCACGAUGGGCGAGAUCGUGCUCCGCGGCAGCUGCGUCAUGCUGGGGUACCUCAACGACGACAAGGCGACCGAGGCGGCAAUCCGAGACGACGGGUGGUUCCACACGGGGGACAUUGGGGUCAUGCACCAGGACGGCUACCUGGAGAUCCGCGACCGCUCCAAGGACGUGAUCGUGAGCGGCGAGGACAGCAUCAACAGCAUGGAUGUGGAGUCGGCGCUGUACGGCCACCCGGCGGUGAACGAGGCGGCGGUCGUGGCCUGGCCGGACGAGGUCUCGGGGGAGGCACCAUGUGCGUUCAUGAGCCUCAAGGAAGCUUGCACCGUCACCGCGGACGAGCUGAUCGCGUGGAGCCGGGGGCGCAUGCCGGACUUCAUGGUGCCAAAGACCGUCGUUUUCCGUGCCGAGCUGCCCAAGACGUCCACCGGGAAGAUGAAGAAGUACGUGCUCCGCGACCUCGCCAUCGGGAUGGGACCCACUCGCGGCAGCUCGGAGAUGUAG